ACCACAGUAAGUUAUUCACCGGUUGAGAAACACAGCAAAACUGAAGAAUUUUCUAACGUUGAUCAGUUCUCAAGAUGCGUUUGUUAAUUGCAGUUUAUUUCGUCGCUAAUGUCCUCACACUAUUCGUUGUUGUAAUCAACGCCAGACGACAAUCCUGUACCGCCAAUCACUGCGGUGCGAUCAGUAUAGCUAUCGGGAAGCUGGAAACGAAAGUGAACAAUUUGAUUGCGUUUAUAAAGGACGCUUUGCCUUCAGAUGAGCCCCCAGCCCGUCCCUUCUCUUCUUGCAAGGAGCAGUACGACAAAGGAAAGUCGAGACGAAGCCAAGUGUACCCGCUGAUGUUUGGUUCUCAAAAGAUUCCUGUUUACUGUCACAUGGGAAACUUUGGAUGUGGUGGUGGAGGAUGGACGCUGGCCAUGAAGAUUGACGGUACAAAGAGAACCUUCCAUUACAAUUCCCAUUUCUGGAGCGACAAAAAUGCGUACAACCUUGCUGUAGGCAAGACUGGCUUUGAUUCACAACAGACCAAGCUACCAACCUACUGGAAUACUCCCUUCUCCAAGAUCUGUCUCGGUAUGAAGAUCGGCAAUCAGUUAAAAUUCAUCGUCCUCCAUAAGCAGGCCGACUCUCUGCACUCAAUAAUUGCUGAUGGGAAAUACCGCGCUACCUCACUUGGUCGUUAUACGUGGAAGUCGCUGAUUGGUUCAAAAGCCUCCUUACAGCGCAACUGUAACAAGGAAGGAUUCAACGCGAAGUGUACCGUUGGAACAGGAGGACUGGCAAGGAUUGGUUUUGUUGCAAAUAACGAAAACGACUGCACUAAUUGUGAUUCUAGAAUUGGGUUUGGCACAGGAACUAGGUUCAAUGAGCCUUUCACUUGUGGCAACAGGGCUAGAUGGUCAGCGGAUAAUGGCAACAAAGACAUCAAAGCCAUGGGGUACAUCCUGGUGCAGUGAAAGGGAAACUGUACGUUAUCCCCGACCUGGUUCAGAACUCAGGCUCCAUGAAUUAAAGUAUAGAAGUAGCUUGUGGGGUUUAAAGUAACUGAUAAUGAGCAGAAAUGUUUUCAGUAUCGUGAUCGGGGAUUGAACUGAAGCAUGACAGGCGGCUAAACAUUCUAAUGUAAGACGCUUUUACUAGUUAGUAAUUUGGCAGAAAAAGUUAAAUCAUUUUAGUAGACUAUGGCUAUUCGAUUUCAUUGGUAACCUCUUUUUCCAGUUACUUAUUUUAAUAAAGCUUGAUGAUUCUUGUUGGGUUA